UUCACCAUCCAGCGUGCCUCUCUCUUUCGAGUCUAUCUCAACAGUCUCUCUUUUUCGCUUCGACGUUGUCGGUCAUCCCAGUCCAUUUCUGCUUAGCCAGCAGCUUUCCAUAACAUUCUUUCCAACGGCAACUGUGUCUGCUUAGCAUUCGCGAAAUCGACUUUCGCUCAUUGAAAUCCCGCAUUGCAUAUUGCAUACGUCCACUCUUUCGACAGCAACGAAGUAAAUAUACUCUCACGAGAUUAGACUACCUUGAAUUAGAGCAACAAUAUCGCAUCGAGGUACUCAAGCAAACGAAAAGAAGAAAUCUUCGAGAAAUCUCAGAUCAUUUGUCCCAAGAAUUACCUAAACAAGUUUAAAUUACGAACCCGUAUUUAAAAUGAAGUCCGCAACUGUCGCAUUCGGCCUGUUCGCCGGCAUCGCCUCGGCUUCCUACAACCACCACCCCCGUCACUUCCACAACCCUCACUGGCGACGAAAUGACACUGCCGCGGCCUCAACCACCCUAACCGUCGCCGUCACCACCGUCCACACUAUCACCUCAUGCGCGCCUACCAUCACCAACUGCCCGGCCAACUCCGGCAACAGCACCGGCCCUGCCGUCGUCACUGAGGUUAUCGACCUGACGACCACUGUUUGCCCUGUUACUGCUGUUGGCUCCGUCUCCAGCUCCAUCGUCGGUGCUCACAGCAGCGGUCUCAUCACCGGUACCACUCGCACCGUCGUCGCCACCCCUACCUCCACUAGCAGCUCUUCGCCCAAGGGCACUACCCCGGCUGUAGGUGCCGGUGUCUCUUACUCUACCUCCGUUGGUACCGUCGACCAGACCGUCACCAUGACCCUUGGCCCCGAGAGCUCCCGAUCUGUUCUCGUCACCACCAUCAAGUCUACCCAGACCCACCUCGUCACUGUCACUGCCGUCCCCACCCCCGGCUCUGGCUCUGGCUCCGGCACUACCAGCGAGGAGGGCACCACUACCACCACUAAGACUUCCACCGGCACCCGCACCGUGACUGUUGCUUCCGCGGGCACCUCCUCCGGCGUUAACGCCCAGGCCACCGGCAGCAACACUGGCUCUAACACCGGCUCCGGAUCUAACUCUGGCGAGUGCGUUGCCAACACUGUCACCGUCACUGAGACCAAGACUGUGGCCGCUUCCACCGUCUACGUCACCGCUCCUGCCGCUGCUCAGGCCACCGGCGCUAAGGCUGUCACAUCUGCUGCUGCCUCAGCUACCACCUCUGCUGCUGCCACUGCUACCACUGGAACCUCCAGCGGCAGCGAUGAGGAAGAUGACUGCCCCCCUGAGGAGAGCUCCAGCGGCGUGGUCACCGCCACUGCCACUGCUACCCUCGUCCCCUACCCCGUCAACAACGGCACCGCGCCUGCUCACCCCAGCGGCGCCGCCAUCCCUACCGUCAUCCUACGUCACUAAAUCAAUCGACUCCCACAAUGAAAUCAAUCGCAAGUGGGGAGGAGAGAAGAGAAUAGUUAGCGAACGUUUUGUAAAAACUAUGGAUUACCCCGAAUUCGAAAAUGCGAAAACUGUAGUAUAGCAUGAACGAGGGACGACUGCACGAUCAUCACCAUCUCUUUUUUUAGUUUGGAGAUAAAAGGCGAGAAUACGGGAUGAAGAUCUUGGUGGGCAAAACAAGCACAGUUGGUUUUUAGGAUCAAUCUUGGGGAUGGCGACGGAUUCUUUGGACAUAUGUUACAAGCGAAGCUUCUUGAACAUUUCUUUUUAGAUGUUUGGAAGUUUGGACAUGUAUGUGCGAAAGAUUCCAAUGCGGUUGAUUCUUCGAUAUACCCCCCUUCCCUGGUCUGGUAGCCGGGGAGGGGUCGAGAGGGCGGAUAUGCUUCGGGUUGGCCAAUUUUGGGCCGUCUGGGUGUUGAGGCUCUCGUUCGAUUCUGAAUGUAUGUGUUUGGUAGAGUCGUGUAUUUAGAUGGCUAUUUGAAUGGAGAUUUUGGUGCUUACA